AUGGGUCAAAUCGCUCAGCAAUUAGCAUCGAGUUCUCAAGCACAAGGUGCCCUUCCUAGUGAAAUUGUGCCCAAUCCUAGAGAGCAUCAUAAUGUGAGCGUUGUGACAACAAAAAAUGGUAAAUCGGAUGAAGUUGUCAAGGAAGUGGAGGAAGAGGAAGACCAAUUGAUCGAAGUGGACCUUGAGAUCAAAGACAAUGAAGUUGUUAGGGAAGAAGUGAUAGCACCAAAACCUGUUGUAAAAGAAACAAUCAUUGAGCCUAAGCCGGUUGUUAAGCUUCCCUUCCCCACUAGAAACAAGAAAAAAGGACAACAUGAGAAAAACUUUGAAAAAUUCUUAGAGUUGUUCAAGAAGCUAGAGAUUAACAUUCCUUUGUUGGAGGGUAUGCAGAUUCUGAUAAAGAAGAAAGAUCGAGGAGCUGUCACCAUCCCAUGUACUAUUGGAGAUAGGUCGUUCAACAAAGCUCUUAUUGAUCUGGGAGCUAGUGAUGACACUCAAUUCGCUGAUCAUUCGGUUAAAAAACCGUAUGGCAUUGUUAAAGAUGUUCUGGUGAAGAUCGAUAAGUUUGUUUUCUCGGUGGAUUUUGUAAUUCUUGAAAUUCCAAAAGAUGAAGAGAUCCCUCUCAUUCUGGGGAGACCUUUUUUGGAGACGGGAAGGUGUUUAAUCAACAUAGAAGAAGGAACCAUGACGUUGAAGGUUUAUGAUGAGGAAUUGAAAAUCAAUGUUCGAAACACCAUGAAAGACAAAGAUGAUAUUUGUACCAGUCACACUAUAGAGGUUCUAAAUCAAGUGACGACAUAUGAUAGCCCUUUGAAUGCACCACUGUCACCUUUGGAAAGAGUGUUGAGUUUUUCCAAUUCCGACAGUGAUAAAGAAGAGGACAACGGGGACCCCUAA